AUGGCUGAGGUUCUUCCCACCAGCAGGAAAAGAACAAACAAGGGCCGCUUUUGCAGAGCUAAAGCUUUUAUUCGCAACAAUGAUGCCGCACAUCGGCUGACAGCUUCCUGGUUUGCUAUCGAAAAACAAGAAAAUGAAAGAAAUGUGCGUGAUCUGCAGUGGUUUUUCACUUCGCGGACGUCGAGUUGUGGGAUUAUGAAAAUGUCCUGGCUGAGGCUUUGGAUUAUGGGGGCUGUGAAGCCUGUGGGACAGCUCUACGAGCUCUCGAGCCAGUAUCUGGCCUGGGAUCGCUACUGUACAUAUGUUGUUCAAACUCCGAGCGUCGAGAGACGAAUAUGUCUGGAACAAAUAAGACCCAUCGUAGCACCAGAACCUCGCGAGGGAGACCAGUCUUUGAUGUAAACUCGAAGUUUAAUGCUGAAUUCUCAUUUUGCUGUGUAUAGAAACCAAACAAGCGAACAUAUGAAGAAUAGGAAUCAAUCUUCUUUUCUUCAAGUUUCUUUGUCAAGCAUUAUUGUGCAAAAGCAAAAACAUCGAACCCUAGCUUACUGGAAUUAAACAGAACGCCGGCGCUAUAAAAUAGUCAAAAUAAAGAUUCACAACUCCAAAAUCUCAUCAAAUCUUGACUUACCUCAUUCCUUGAUAUUUAAUGUACUCUUUUCAAGUUUGAAUUUCUGUGUUGGCGAUAUCAAACACAUAAACACAACCGAAAACAAGCUUGAUCUCGAAUGCAUACUUCAAACAGGAUGGACGUUAUUUUGUAUCUCGCCCCAGUCCCCGCCGCGCAAAUUAUCCAUCCUGACUGCGAUCUGAAAACCAUAUCCACCUUUCACAGCAGUUUGUGAGGAAACAAGCCCGGUGACCCUCGAUUUUUUUCCCACGUAUUUGCUAAGAACAGUUUAAUAAAGAACAUUUUUGAAGAAGAAAAAAGGUUUGACAGUAGAACAUUAUUUUUGGGGGGAAAAUAGUUUGGUAUUUGGUGUAUUUGGGUCAAGGCGAGGACUUCACGCUAACUACGGAACUGUCCGAGAAAGUGCAAUAUCCCCAAAACCAGGCAAUCAAAAACGAAUUAAAUGAAGCAAUACUGCUUAUUUGAAUAAAAGAAGCUUUAUGUUCAAGAUAAAAUUUUGUGUGUUCAAGUAACAAGGACUUAAUUCUGUAAGAAGGGUAUUCGAAUUUUUAACGCUCAACCAAUAAAAAUACCCUAGUUUAAGAGCCUGCUGACGCGUAAACAAGCGCGGUGACCCCAUCUUUUUAUUGCAUUUUUUAAUGUUCAUAUCAUGAAUAUUGAUUAUGCCAAGUUUCAAAAAAAGUUUGAUAGUAGAACAAUUUCAAGGGAAUUACCUUAAAUUGGUAUUCGAUAUUCGAUCGCAAAGGAACACAGAAGCAUAAAUGCACAUUUUACUCGACCUGAAAUUGAACACAGGCGUGUUUGCACAGACGGUAGUUUUAACUCCAUUUUACAAGUAAAAAAACAAAAGAGUAUUCAGAAGUAUUUAAUGAAAAGGAUGAAUACGAACAUUGAUGUUAUGUUACAAUUUACCAUUUUCUAGAUUACUUCUCACUUUUCCUUUUGGAUUCCUACCUUUUUAGGUUUUACUGUUAGUGCGACCAGUCUUCCCAAAUAUUUUUGGUAAUUGCAACUGACAGAUAUGCCUCCAGAUUACGUGUACAAUGUUUGAGCUUUUAAAUCUGCAAGUUUUUUUUCUGAUUUCUAGCGUUUUGCAACGACUCAGCCGCGAUUUACUGAUGUUUGUUUGUGUUUUCUACAAGAAUUUCCUUACAUUAGCUUCGCAUAUCCUCGAUGUCGGAGAAUACGAAUAUCGUCUAUUAGAUCCAAUUAGUUAGAAAAUAUGCCCUUAUUGUUGCAUAUCUCAUUUUUAGCCAUUCCCAUGCUAAUUAACCAAAAAAAACCAGUCCAAAAAAGAGGAAUUGGUGAAAAAUGCGUUUUUCCGCUACUCGCUGGAUUGAACUUAAGUUUCACUGUCUGAAAAGAAAGCUGCGUCCAAUAUCUUCAGGUUGUCCCCAAAUUAUUAUAGUUUUAUCUCUUAUCAACUUCUAUAAAUGAUAACUUUAACGACCAAAAAUACCACACUACAGACCUGGACCCAGUUGUUCAAAAGGCAGAUUACGAGACGAAUCUCUAUCCUGUGGAUAACGCAGAAGGUUUUCUCUAACAGGAUAGUGAUGUACCCGUUAGAAAGCUCUCUCCGACGAUUGAACAACUGAUGUAGUGCUAAUGUGCUUGUGAUAAACAUUCAGCAGCACAUGUCCAUAUAUGGUAGUACAGUUGGUAAUAAAGUAUGUUAUUGAAAAAGAGAGCAGGAAGCUAGCCACUUUUUUAAAACGUUAACUUAUAAUUACUUUAUUUUCACAGCGUUCAUCUUCCUGUGUCUGCGGCCAGACAAUUGCUCUUUGUCUGUGUGCUGUGCGAUGUUGAAAUUGGUGGGCUGGAUUUCAUGGUGAACGGACGAUUAAUAACUACUGCAAACAUUUCAGUGACUAGUGGAAUUCCAAAAGGUAUAAAAUUGUAUUUGUCAUUUUUUGCUUUCCUGUUUUUACCUUGUGAAAGUAGUCCGCACUUUGCUGAAUAAAAAAGGCCGUUGAAGUUCAUGACAAUAGCCAGGAUUUAACAGGAGGGAGAGAAGGAAGACGCCUGGGGAUUUCAAGGUACAAGCAAUGGGAAACGAAUAGAUAAUUAGUAAGAAGGUAGGGAGAGAGAAGUGCUGUACUGCCUUACAUCGCUUUUAUAGGCCCUGUCAUGUAAGCUAACGUAGGAUUUUUUUGCCAUUAUUACUAUAUUUUUAUAUAGGAAGUCAACUUGUUUUUGGAAAGGUCCUCGCAGAAAGGGCAUUACGUGGCCGGUUCUGGGAAGUUAAUGUUUGGAAUUCAAUUUUGCACAAAAGUUCUAUCGUCUCCAUUUUUCGUGGAAAUGUUAAGGCAAGCGGAAGCGCCGUCUCCUGGAAAGAACUGAGAAAGGCCAUUCCAGCAAAUUUGAAGGGGACGGUCCAAGGGGAACAGCAGUCGAUUAAUCAAGGUAAUGAAUAGCAUUGAGGUACAGAAAUCAGGUCAAAUAAAAAAGACAAAAGCCAAAUCAGUGGGAGCCAGGCAGAGAGCAGAAAAAAACAUAAAAGUCACUUUUCGCCCCACUUCACGCUCGUAUUGGCUUGAUCUAAUGCUAAAAUCUUUACCAAAAUAUACUGUGUAUGCGGAUAAAAGCCACUAGCUUUUUUGUUGUUUCCAGAUUUGGCUCCCUCUGGCAGCUCGACACGUUUUAGAUUAACAUUGCGUUUUGCUCUGACAUUAACGUACUGAGGUGACUCAGUACAGUUUUUCUGAGACAUAGUUGAUUGCGCUAAGAAAUCUCGAAAAAUGUAACUUCUGAUGAGUGAGUGACAUGGGAUCGAAUAAGUCUAAAAUUAUUAAUAGAGGGGCGCGAAAAAAAGAUUCAUUAAAGAGCAUUUACUAUAGGCUUUUAGCGGAAGGUUUUGUUAUUAGUUUGGACUGUCUUCUCGCCGCUUUGCCGGUUUUUCUUCUACGUUUCUGGUUUAUUUAUUUUUCAUUUGGUAUGGUAUAACACGUGCACGCUCAAGGUUUUUUAAUCAAUGAUUUGUGUUUUCAAAUUUGCGUCCUCCGCUGAUUUGAUUGGCGCAUUUGGCACCAAGUAUCUAAUGCAACUGACUACUUUUACCGUGCUUUGUUUACCUUCGUAAUACUUCCUGUCAGUUUAAUGGGACCACGUUGUGAAUAGCAACUGGUAUAGGGUGCAAUAGCGGAAUAGUACGCAUUUUACACAGCGUAGUAACAAUCUAUCAUGGCAGUUAUAUGUUUGCAAAAGCAACCAACGUUUAUAGCGGAGCUCUCGCACGCGAGGCGCGCCAGCGGAGCACCAUGGGUAAGAAAAUGUGGUAAACUACCCAUUCGAGAACAUUUGGUAAUCACGUGACCGUACACCGACCGAUCGCCCUCCGUCCGCACCACAGGCAUACCAAUGUAAAAUAACUCAAUCAACAGGUAUGGCAACCCAAAUGCAACUCGAGUUAUUUUGGCGGGAAAUAGCAUAGCCAACCGCGUCUUUUAAAGCAGAGACAACUAAAGAGUCAAUAAAGACGAAAACGAAAAGCGGAAAAUGUUUCUGUAUCCUUGUUGUCUAAAGUAUUAAGCUUAGAUUAAUUGUCAUGUCCAGAAAUUUGGAAUAUAGAACAAGAGAAAGACAGAGAAAAAGAGAAAGUAGGCCGCAGGAAAGCGAAGCUCAACGAGAAAAAGGGCGACAGAGAUCUAGGGCGAGAGAUAAAAGAAAAACAAAAGAGACAUUUUUUUGUUGGAAGAUCAACUUAAAACUUUGUAGCGGCGGUGACAAAACUAGAAAUACUAGCGGCCACCAAUGCAAGGUGAAAAUUAGCGGCAGAGAAAAAAAAAGGGAACGAGAACACCUACGACAUCUCCUCCAAAAAACGUGUAACUAAGAAGUUUCUGGAAGUUUUACGUUGUAGUCGUGCAAAACAACGGCAAAGAAAUGUACAAAAAAAGCGUGCUGCACGUGCAAAAUCAAAAAGUUGCUUUUUUGCUAAUUAGACCUAUUGUUGUUUUUCACCGUUCUCCGGCGUUGCCUUCGCCGCCUAGCGUUACAAGAUUUUAUAUUUUGUUUGAACAAACUUUAAAUAUUACUGAGAGCUUCGCUUUUAGCCCUGGCUAAAUCUAUAUAUCAGUUCUUCCACUCUUAACUGUCAAUCUUAUAUCAUUUUUACAAUGUUAAGUAUUCAUAUUUGCCAUCGCAUAAGAUGACUAUUCUAAUCUGAGUCUGCUUCGUGUUAAUUUGAUAUAAUCGAGGAUUUGAACACCUGUCGGAGGGAACAAGAUGUUGGCUCGAUUAUGCCUGAUCAACUUCUCCGGGAUCAUUUGCUGACAGGUACAAGAUAUGCCAAGAUUCGCACGAAAUUCUGACCAGUCUCUCAGACUAGAUUGGAACACUAAAGCUUGACCAAAAGCGUGACCAAGCUAAAAGCGAUGCCUUAAAAAUCUAAUUUUUGAAAUUUUUAUCUUAUUAAGUCAACUUUUGGAAACAUCAGGCUUUAAGGGAGACACUCCAUGAGCAAGCUUUUCGUCAAGACAAACGCUUUCUUUAUGUUAGGGAUUCCCUUACCUCUUACAGAGUCUCCUCUUCCUUUCUCCUUGUCUCCGUACGAAUGACAUCGUCAACAAAUUUUUGCGCAUCUCUAGGUUUCGAGUUGCUAAAGUAAUGGAGCUUGCAAGCUCCGCUAUUAAGAAUUGCUUUAUUUAAUUUAUUUUUCUUGAUAACAGAAGAUGACUUCAUGCUUGAAUUCAAGACGCGAUCCACCCGUAACUUUGCAAAUUACACUCUUCCUAUCAACGGCAAGUUUGUUGAUUUUACCGUCUGUGCGUGGCUUAAAACCAAAGAACAAGGAACAAUUUUUCAGUAUUCCAACAUGGAUCCUAGAGGAAAAGUCAUAGAUGUUUUCAUUACAGAGGAAGGAAAUGCAAUAUUCACCAUUAACGGAACAGUUAGUCAGUAAGUAUAUCUUAACGUCUACUAAGAGCCGAACUUUAACAACUUCAUAAAUAAGCUGUACCUAAAUAAGUAAAAUGACAUUUUACUUUUUUGAUGAUGGCUAAGCCAAUCAGAGCUCUAGAAUUGCAUUAACCAAAGAUUCCGUUUUUAAUUAACGACAAGGACUCAUUCAUGCAUUGAUUUCAUGGAUAGGGUACUAUCUACCAUGUGUUCAACUUUAAAAAAUUGUCAUUCUUUAACUGAUUUUGAAAUGUUGCAACUAAAAAAUGAUAAUUGUAUUGUAAAAUAAUGUCACAAUAAUGUCAUUGUCUGAAUGAUGGUUGGUAAAUGUUGAUUCUUGCUCUAACUAUUCAGAUCAAUCAAGCCUUUAUAUUAUUAACAAAGGCAUGCCUGGAAUAAACCCAAAGCGACUUUUGAUAUUAAAUAAUAAAUUUAUGAUUGCUACAUUCUUCUUUCAAUUUGCAUUGUAUGUACUUGAUAAUAAAAUAAUAAUAAUUGUUUUUAGCUAUCAUAAUUAUUUUAAUAUUAUACAGGAUAAUAGAGUGACUUUACUUGACACGUGAAACAGAUUUACAACUAGUGCAAAAUAUAUUCUAUGUACGAGUAAAAAAAGAAGACACUGGACUUACUGAAUAAUACAACAUAAUAUUCUACAACCUACAAUGCAAAGUAAAAUCAUAAUAGAUAUUAUAAAACAACUAAGAUAGUUCGCGCGCUCUGAUUGGCCGAGAGGAGUGUUUGCGUGAGAGUAUGUAAACAUGGUUGUGACGUAAAGAUGUUUUGCUUUUCGCGCGCUAAUCAACUCAACAAGUUUACUUCAUUUACCCAUUCCCUUGUCGGCUGAAACUUGGAAAAUCUUUUCAAAACAUGCAGUGUCAAUUUUUUUUUUCGUUUAAGCUGACGUUUUAAGCGACAAAAAUACAUAUUUUGAAAAGCCUCUUUUUUGCAAAACAAGAACUGAUUUUGUGUACAAGACCUCACGACUAUGAAGUGAAGACACUCUGUACAGUGGCUGUUGACAUAAAUGUGUUACAAUACUUAUUAGACAUAGUUCCACCACUAGUACUGUUCCGUCUGUACAUGUUUAUUCAAAACAAUUAUUGUGGAUGCAAACGUACCGGCAGAACAGUAAAACGUGGUAGAACCAUUUGCUACUUUUCAUGUACACUUGUUUGCAAUAAUCUCUCUUCAUGUGAAUAGAAUAUCCUUGUCUUUAGACUCACAGGUGUAGAAACAGGUUAACAUGUACCAGUACGUGUAUAAUGUCCCAUUUUUUCUUAUAUGUCAACAGACGUUUUCAUGCUAAAGAACAAUUUCUGUACAGUGUCGUUCAAAAGUAACACUAAAUCUUCAGUGAUUCUCAUAAAAAUCACAUGUAUGUAUUCGAUUCAUACUUGUUGAUUUUAUACAAAUCGAUAGUUUCACCGUCCGUUUUGCAUUUCCUCCUUUUAUUCAACAGGCAUGAUCUGUAACAUGAAACGUGAUCUAUGAUGUCAAAAAAAUGUUUCGUAGAAAACAACAAAGCGACUAGUGUCAUGCAUGAUCUCAAAAGAUCGGAUGAAUUAUCAGGAAUUACAGGAAAAUAAAAAGGUUUUUUCUGGGUUUUGUGGCUCACAGCCACUUUGAUUUUUAAAGUGAGCCUGCAUUGGGUCGGAAGACCAAAAAAGUGGUUUUCUAGUCCAAAAUGUCCAAUUGAGCUACAAUUCUCUUAACCGUCCCCCCCCCCCCCCCUCCUAUCUGAUGUGUUCUUGUUGUUUUUUCUUUUUUAUUCUUUUGUCUUAUUUUUUUUUUUUUUUUUUGUUCUUUUUCUUGUCUUUCUUUACACUUUUGUCUCCUUCGUCUUUUCUUUCAUCCCCUUUCUUUUCAUUCUUUUCACUGUUUUUCUGCUUUGUUUCAUUGUCAUAUUUUUCUGUUUUAGUGUCAGCUGUACUAAUAAAAAUAUUGCGUUGAUUUUAAGAAAAUUCAGGAAAAAAAAAAAGUUUUUUUUGGGGUUUUUGGGUCCCCGCCACUUUUUUUUUUUUAAAAGGAGGUGUCUUUGGGGGGAGAAACAAAAAAAUGGUUUUUUCUCCCAAAAAUUCCCAAUUGGGCAAAAAUUUUUUUACCCCCCCCCCCCCCCCCCCCGGUAAUGUGAGAGGUUUUCUUUUAGCUUUUAAGGUUUUUUACUGUAACCUAAGUAUGAUUAUUUCUUUUAGGCCGGUUACGAAUUUAAACUUAACGGACGGUCAGUGGAAUCACAUUUGCCUUGUAAGACGUGGGUUUCGUACAAGAUUCAUUCUCAAUGGCAUAUCAGUUUACAAUUUGAUUGCGGAAACAGGUGAAACACGCUCUGGAGGAACCUUUAUUAUUGGACAAGACUUAAACGAAGCUGACGGUAGCUUCAAUGAAAUUCGAGCUUUUGUGGGAAUUAUUUCACAGGUCAACAUGUGGUCAAAAGGUUUUGAUGAUAACAUCAUUACUUCUUUAUCACGUGCUUGCUGGGAAAUUCCAGGGGAUGGUGUAAAGUGGAGUGGAUUUAUUAAUGGCGUCAAUGGAGACAUUCAGCGUUUGAACACUUCUGAAUGCCGUAUGCCUGGUAAGCCCAGUAGCACCUAAUGAUAAAAUUAUUUAAAAUUAUUUACUGAAGGUAACCACUGGGAAUAAUCUGGAAACUACCGGUGAAUAAUUCGACGAAAUUGAUACUUUCGGUACAAAUUUUAGCGAUUUUUGUUGGAUCAGCGUAGUGAAGUUACGGAGAAUACCAGACAUUGUAAGAACGCACAGCUAUUAUCCUUUGAUACUGAUCAGUUCAAAAGAAAGGGCUUAUGUAUUUUAGUUUAUAUCCCUGUGACUUAGCUGAAAAAGUACUGCGUCGUAGCUCCCAUUCAUACAAACUUUUUACUGGUAACUUUGCUCAAAUCCACAAAUUUAGUUCACCGUCUGAAGAUUUCUUUCCGCUGCGUUAAAGAGUAAAUAAAAAGCUGUCUUUGUAUAAAAUAAAACAAAUAACGGAAAAAAUUCUGAUAAGCUACGUGGCACUUUAGAAAGUUGAAAAUAUACCGAACUUUGUACCGAAAGUAUAAAUUAGCCGCUUAAUAGAAGCCAAGAGACUGAUAAUUACAUUUUUCUCUGUGCAUGCUUUUAAUGCAGAUGUUACUGUUCUGUCUCGACGUGAUCACAGAUGUAAUGAGAAACACGUCAUCAAUUCAACCUCCUGUACCGGAUCAGUGAGAGCCUUGUUCGACAGAGUAAACUCAACUUCUGGUAAAAUGUGGCGGUGUUACCACGCAUGCUCCAUCAUGAAAUCCUCCAAACAUGGUGGGGACAUUUUCAACCCAGAUUCUGGCAUGGACAACUGCGUGACAAACGCUCACGAAGAACUGCUGACCAUAACAUAUUAA